GUUGUGCGAGUGUCAUUGAAAGGUGUGGACGUGUUGUUAAAUCUAUUUUGUUGCACCAAGCUAAAAUUAUUACGAAGAAGAGAAAAGUAGAAGGAAUCUAACUUCCAAUACGAAAUAUGAUUAUUAAAUAACAAAAGUAAAUGUUGCAAAAGUAAAUAGUUAAUUUUUAAUUCAAAUUGGACCUGGCAACCCAAAACAUUAAGUGUUGGAGUUUAAUGUUAUAUUGAGAAUUAAAAACUUCGCAUCAUAUCUAUUAAAAAAUUGAUAGCACACAUUUAGAUAUUUAAAUGAAUUCACGCGAAUCAUUUUCAAAAUAAAUAAACAUCAUUAUAUAGGCAAUACUGUGCCGUAAACUACCGUGUGCCGUGGCACUUAUACUUAAAACAAUAAAAAUUCAAACAAUAUAAAUCUUUGAAAUAUUACAUAGAUUUUGGUUAUGACCGAAGCGGGUUCCACUGGAAAAAUUCAAAAAGGUGGUCAACGUCGCCAAUUGCGUGAACGAAAACAGCGCAAACUCUAUUUAGAAGAAUGGGCCAUAGGUGACGAUGAUAUGGAAGGGGCUCGUGGGUUCAGUGUUGCUGAGAAACUUGAGUCGUCAAAAUUUGCACAAUCUGGUAUGGUGCGUGAAAUGCGAGGAUGUGAUUUAAAUGUUGCGUUUUUGCAACAACAUGGCUUUAACGUACCCUUAUUAUUUCGUGAGAAAACUGGGUUGGGUUUGCGAAUGCCAGAUGCAAAUGAAUUUACAGUAAAUGAUGUUAGACUUUGCGUUGGUUCUCGUCGAAUACUUGAUGUAAUGGAUGUGAAUACACAGAAAAAUUUACAAAUGACAAUGAAAGAAUGGCAACAUUAUUACGAUAAUCCACAAAAAGAUCUACUACUUAAUGUCAUAUCAUUAGAGUUUUCUCAUACACGAUUAGCCAAAUACAUACAGAGUCCUGAGAUUGUGAGACAAAUCGAUUGGGUAGAUGUUGUUUGGCCAAAACAAUUAAAAGAUGCUCAAAAAGAAGGUACAAAUGUUAUAGGAGAAAUGAUGUAUCCAAAAGUACAAAAAUACUGUUUAAUGUCAGUGAAGAAUUGCUACACUGACUUUCAUAUUGAUUUCGGAGGUACUAGUGUUUGGUAUCAUAUAUUAAAAGGAAGCAAGGUCUUUUGGUUGAUACCACCUUCAGAGAAAAAUUUACAACUGUAUGAAAAGUGGGUUUUAUCCGGCAAGCAGUCAGAUAUAUUUUUUGGUGAUACAGUCGAAAAGUGUGCUAGAGUUUAUUUAACAGCCGGUAACACAUUUUUUAUUCCCACGGGCUGGAUACAUGCUGUUUACACCCCAAGCGAGUCAUUAGUUUUUGGUGGCAAUUUUCUUCAUUCUUUUGGAAUAGUGAAACAGUUAAAGACAGCACAAGUUGAAGAUUCAACAAAAGUUCCACAAAAAUUUAGAUAUCCUUUUUUCACUGAGAUGCUGUGGUAUGUUUUAGCACGUUAUGUGUAUACGUUAUUAGGACAUGCUCAUUUGGAUGGUGAGGAAUCUGUUAGCGAUAUUGAAUUGGAAGCACGUCCACAUAUUAAUCUUACACAUUAUGAGCUUUUUGGUUUAAAAGAAAUAGUAACAUAUUUAUACGAUUUACCACCACAGAAGAAAAAUGUGCCUGAUUUAGUGCGGGAUCCCGUGGCUUUAAUUAAAGAUGUCCGUACGUUAGUUGAGCGUCACUGCAAGGAUAAGCCGGAGUUAGCAGUAACUGGUGUAUCAGUAUUGCAACCCCAAUGCGAAAUGUAUCCUCCAUUUUAUAUAUAUGAGCGUUCAAAAGUUAAGCAAGAAAUAAAACAAGAAAUUGCUCGUAAAAACGCUGAAUUAAAUCGUGAAAUACAACAAUUAGAGUCUGCGAAUACUACGGAAUCUACAGAUAACAAAAGUGAAUACUUUGGCGAUGGUAGUACUGUAGUAGACGAAAUUAAAAAGGAGUGUGGUACAAAUGGUAUUCAAUCAGUUGCAACAUUUGUGUCGCCCACUGAUAGUUUAAAAUAUCGUCCACCGAAAAAGAUGCAUCUCGCAAAUGCAGUUGCUGCAGCAGCCACUUCUACUAAUAAUACUGUAAGUGUUAUUGCUACAUGUUCUGGUUUCAACAACUCUACACAAAUCUUCAAUGUAUUGGGGCAAAAUAUGAGUUCCAGCGAAAACUGUUUUCAAUCUUGUGAUUCAAAAUUAUCAGCAAAUGUGACAGGUACAGGUCAACCACGUCGACGUCGUACCCGCUGUAAGGUUUGUGCUGCAUGUCAGCGCUCUGAUUGUGGGGAAUGUAGUUUUUGCUUAGAUAUGGUGAAAUUUGGAGGACCUGGACGAGCUAAACAAACCUGUAUGAUGCGUCAAUGCUUAUCACCGAUGUUGCCUGUUACAGCACAAUGUGUUUUUUGCCAUUUAGAUGGUUGGCGACAGACACCUAUUUCGCCUCAAACGAAACAAUUAGGAUCUGUUGAGGGGCCGUCUGCGCUUAUGGAAUGUUCGGUGUGUUAUGAAAUUGCACAUCCAGAUUGCGCCUUGUCCAAACUUAAGGAUACAGAGGAAAUUUCUGAUACCAAGGGAAUUGUCAAUGAAGAUUUACCAAAUAGCUGGGAAUGCCCAAGUUGUUGUCGAUCUGGCAAAAAUAAUGACUAUAAGCCUCGACAUUUUCGCGCUCGUCAAAAAUCAUCAGAAGUAAGAAGAACUUCUGUAGGUGGAAGUAAUCUAGGAGCAAAUGAAUUUGAUAGUAAUCAAUUGCCUCCGCCUAUAAGUCAAUAUAACGAGUUUGUUUUUACUAGUGAGUCAGAAAUGGAAACAGGGUCAAAUUUGAUAAAUUGGAAACAUGGAACAAAACGUCAUCAUAAUUUGGAUGGAAAAUCUGAUCGACAUUACGAAGAAACUUCAUCUCCUGGUGUAUCUGGUGAUAAAAUUAAAAGACGAAGAAGUGAUGACGGUUUAAGUAUCUGCAGUAGUAUGCAAGAUAGUGUCGAUGCUAGCGCUUCAAUCGAUUGCAAUACGAGUGGGGUUAAUAUAGGUGGUCAAAUUUCACGUAAAAAAAAUUCUAUAAGAUCUCAACUAGCCCAACAAAUGUUAAAUUCUUCCACACGCGUUUUAAAAAAACCACAGUAUGUGGUAAGACCUGCGGGACAUCACAAUGCUUCUUGCAGUGGAUCUAAUAGCAAUCAUUCCUCUUCAUCAAAUUUAGCUUUAGAUGCAACAUUAUUAAAAAUUAUAUUUCGUUAUCUUCCACAAGAAACUUUAGUAGCAUGUUGUUCUGUUUGCAAAUCUUGGUCGAAUGUAGCGGUGGACCCAGAUCUUUGGAAAACAAUGAAUUGUGCUGAACAUAAAUUAUCUGCUUCAUUACUUACCGCAAUAGUACGACGUCAACCAGAACAUUUAAUUUUAGACUGGACACAAAUUGCUAAAAGACAAUUAGCGUGGAUAAUUGCACGUCUACCUGCUCUCAAAAAUCUCUCACUUCAAAAUUGUCCAAUACAAGCAGUGUUUGCUCUCCACACUUGCCUCUGCCCGCCGUUACAAAUAUUAGAUUUAAGUUUUGUUCGUGGUCUAAAUGAUGCCGCAAUACGAGAUAUACUCUCACCACCUAAGGAUUCCAGGCCAGGUUUAACAAAUUCUAAAACUCGUUUACGUGAUUUAAAAAUUUUAAAAUUAGCAGGAACUGAUAUAUCAGAUGUAGCAUUGCGUUACAUUACGCAAGCUUUACCACAUUUGCAGCAUUUAGAUCUAUCAUCAUGUCAGCGUAUUACUGAUGCUGGUGUAGCUCAAAUAGUUUACAGCACCAAAAUUCGGUUCUGUCUAUCAACGAUAGAAAUUUUUCAAUUGUCUAUUGACAAUAGACAGUAAACAACAGACACUAUUUUUAAUGUUAAAGAAAUCUAACACAUAAAAUUCAAACAUUCGAUUUUGGACACAAUUAUGUAUGACAACGGUUUUGUUAUCGGUAAAUACAUAUUUAAAAUUUUUUAUUAUUAAUAAUAUAUUUAUAGUCAAAAAUUUAUGUGACCAGUGGAUGCAAAUUGUAUAUUCUUGUUACUAACUGACAAGGUCUGUUCAAAGUGGCAGAAUGUCUUAUGUGUCUGGAAUAGGAUGAGACGUCUAAUCACAUUUUUUAUGACUUCUUUGCUUUAGUCUUAUGAGGAUUCAUUACGACCUUAUUAAAUUAAUUACCUAACAUACUAUUCUGCACUGUGUACGCAUACUGUAUAAGAUUCUUAAUAGAUCUAAAUUUUUUUCAAUCACAGAGUCAACCAUAUGUGAGCUAUUAUGUUGAAAGGUAAUAUCAAAAAUAUAUAUUUUUGAAAGAUGCUAAAAUCCACUCACGAAAAUAAUGAAUAAUUGGCACAAAUUGCAGGUAUUAGCGACAAGGAAAGGUAACGAUAUGAGAUAUAAUCGUUCUUAUUAAAAUUAAUUCAAAAAUUAAAGUUUUGUGCAAUAAAAAGAAUUGACUGAUGUAACGAAUACUUAAAAAAAUGAUCACAUCUAAUGCUUAUGUACUACAUUAUCUCAAUAACAUUGUAAUUUCAUAAUAAAAAAUUUAGUAAUAAUAUUAUUAUAAUUUAAUAGUAAUAAUGAGUUAUAGAACACAUCUGAAUAUCCUUAUAUUAGUGGUCAUAUAUGUCAUUGAAUUUUAUAAGAUAUCUAAAGUGUAGAUAUACCCAUAAUUAUUGUUUACAUUUAAUAUAUAUUUUAACAUUUACGUUAAAAACAGUUUUUGGAUUUGAUUCUUACUGCAAUUUGAUAAAAGAGAAUUAUUAUCAAUUAAAAUCUAUCUC